AUGAGACUAAUUAAUACAAGAACCUUGAAGCUCCAACAGUUCCACGGCAAGCCGCCACCUUAUGCCAUUUUAUCCCAUACUUGGGGCCAAGAGGAGGUGUCUUUUCAAGAUUUCCAAUCACCAGAUCUGCGAGAAAAGCUAGCUGGAUUCUCCAAAAUCAGUGCUACUUGCAAGAAAGCAUAUAGCCAUGGCCUUGAUUACGCUUGGGUUGACACAUGCUGCAUCGAUAAGACCAGCAGUGCAGAGCUUAGCGAAGCAAUCAAUUCCAUGUUCAAAUGGUACAAGAAUUCAGAAAUCGCCUACGCAUUCCUAGAGGAUUAUCCAUCUCCGAAGAUUAAGAGACCUACUUUCAGGACAACAUCUGUUGGGUUUGGCCAUAGCCGGUGGUUUACCCGAGGCUGGACCUUGCAAGAGCUUAUUGCCCCCAAGCGACUUGAAUUCUAUGAUAGGUCAUGGGAGAAGAUUGCAGAAAAGACAGCCAUUGCAAAAGAACUUGCGGUCAUCACGGGGAUUGAUGCUUUUGUUCUCGACGGCUCGGGCCCCUUGCAGCAGGUCAGUGUAGGAAAGCGUCUAAGCUGGGCUGCCAAUAGAGAAACAACUCGCGAGGAAGAUCUUGCAUAUUGUCUAUUCGGACUCUUUGACGUUAAUAUGCCCCUCAUCUACGGGGAAGGAGGGAAGGCUUUUAUUCGACUACAGGAACAUAUUCUUCAGCAAUCUGACGAUCACACCAUCUUCGCCUGGCGAGCCGCAACUCCUUCGACAGAUCCAGAUUUAGCAUAUGGAUUGUUUGCAAAAUCUCCAAGAGAUUUUUACAAUUUUGCGAAUGGAUCAUGGCGUAGGGGACUGCCGGGAUACAGAACUCACUCUAGGUUUGACAGGUUGGUCCGUGUUUGGGGAUCCAACGUACCGCAAGACCCGAUCACCAUGUCCAACAAAGGGAUUCACAUCACUUCCCUUGUCAAAGACCUUCGACAACCUUGGGCAUCUGGAGACCUUGUGAUACUAUUACUCAACUGUUGUUUUGAUGCAAAUCCCUCAGCUACCGCAGGGAUAUAUCUCAAGCGCUUCGGCUCAGACCGAUAUGCUCGAGUCCGUGGAACCGAGUUAGCUAGAGUCCAUUCCGACUCCAACACUACGACGGCUUCCAUAUGCGGAAUCAAAAGCACCUCGGAUAUCAUCGGGCUCUCUUUUGAGGUGCCUUGGACUACGACGGCAAGAGUGAUCGAGGAGUACCUCGAGGAAAAGAGAUCUCAAAUGGGAUCAGAAUCAGUCAGAAGACGCUAUCAAAAUGCCUUUUGUUUGGAGCGAAGACUUCUCCAAGACAGACCAUUUCAUGGAUCCCAACUCCGUCAGAUGCUAAUCGUGGAUUCGCACGAAAUCUGGCGCUCUUUUCGAUUUGACGUGAAAAGUCACGAUGGCGAUCUCGUCAUCAGAACCUAUCCAAACUUCAAAGCGGUGCUGGUGUUUGAGUCUCCUAGAUAUAAGACGUCAUUUCUUCUCUUCUUGGCAACCAGAAGAAACAACGGGAAAUACGAAUAUGACGUUGAUGCUGUUUCCCUCGCUCUAGAUGACUCGAGCGAAUGGCAUCAGAAUCUCUCCACAGUAGAAGAGUUCAUGCAGACAAAGAUAAGGUUUCAAUCUCGUCAGACGACUCCAAGCAUCAAGGUAUCGCUGUCUCCGGUCAAUAUACAUGGAAUCAAUAUGCAAGGUAUCGGAAUACCACGUGGGGCAUCUAAACGUAUUUUCAGAUCUAUCUGUCUCCUUUCAUUCUUUGUCGCGCUCAUCGUAUCGUUAUUUAUUGAUAUUUCUAUUUCAAUAGAAUUAUAG